GGAUAAAUCACCGGAACUACAGUUCCUACAUCCCUACCACUUCACUAGUGUUGAAUCUGAACACGCAAAUCUCCAGAUUGAGUACUAUGAAGUGCACCCAAGAGAUGCCUGCAUCAUUGUUUCGGCGCAAGAAUGGACAGCAGUCCUCUUGCGAGAAUUGUCGUCGAUCCAAGUUAGCCUGUGAUCAUUCGAUUCCACAUUGUGGUCGUUGUGUGCGAUUGAAGCGGACGGAUACCUGUGUCUAUGUACUAUCGCCUCUCGCCAGAUUAUCCGCUUCCUCCCCCAAGAGUCCGGCCGGCAUCAAACGACAGUCUACACCGAAAUCACAAUCGCGAUCCUUGACCGGGGCCAGGUCGACCGCUCGAAAAUGCACCACGCCUCGUGUAGAGACGACAAUUGUCCCAGCAGACUGGCCACGAGCCGGCCUCGAGGGACCGCUCAGCAGCCGGCUCGAAGACGCCAGCAAAACAACCACCUGGGGCUCCAUCUUCAGUGAAUUCAACAUCGACGUCGAGCCGGAAAUGACGGUACCACCCACGGCUGGACUGGCGGUGACGUGGAAAGACCCCGAGCUGCUGCAACAUGCCACCACCGCCCUGACACAGAUUCCCACGCGAGCCAUGUGCGAGGGGGUCCUGGAACAUGCGUUCAAAUAUCCCGACUUUGGGUGCCAUGAGCCCUACCUGCGCAUGUUGCACGACGGCUGGUGGGGGAAUUUUGGAGGGCUUCUAGAGGCGAACAGUCUAGCUCAAUUGAAUAGCCUGGAGCCGGUGAUUGAGCAGCUCUCGGCCAGCACGGCCAACCGAGUGACGCAUCUGUCAUUCGACUCGACAGAAUGGCUACAGAAGCGGACGGGGAGUAAUACCGCGUGGGAUUCGCUGGCGUAUUUGCUGUCUGCAUAUGGCUCGGCAUGUGCCAGUCUGCCUGCUUCACAUCGUCUCUUAGCCGACGAUGACAAGGGUCGAGUCUGUCGAGCCUUGGGGAAAGGCAUCCAGGCGUGCCUGGCCAUCUGCGAAGCGCAGGAAAUCUUCAGUGUUGAUCUCAUCAACGCCCACGCCAGCAUGGUACUAUUGCAGAAUUCUUCUGAUGGCGAUGACUCGAAGCAAAACUACACCAACGUUGGUCACCUUGCGCGUCUCGUGACCGACAUGGGGCUUCACCUGGGUUCAUCCCACGGGUGUUUCGUCCAGGCACAGCUAGAACACAAAGCCUUCCACCGAGCUUUCACCAUGGACAAAUCCAUCUCCACCUCCUGCGGACGUCCACCCCAACUGACACGACGAUUCAACCAAUGUCCACUCCCACUGGAAUUGAGUGACGAGCAACUCCUCCUACCCGGAGAUGAACUCGAAGUCGUCAUCGGCCUCUUAGACCCCGAUGGCUGGAGUACCAGUGACCGCUCCUACCCCGUCAGUUACCUACGGGCACUCUCCCUCCUGGGCCGCCACCGAGAAGAGAUCCUUGAACUGGCUAUGGGACCCAGCCCCGUAGCCCUAGACCACCUACAACGAGACAUCAUGGACCGUCUCCAAACGACAUACCACCGCCUCCCCCUCCGCCUCCAAUUCAACCCCAACCAGCACACCCACCUCGCCCCCUUCGACUUCCUCAACACCAUCUUCCUCCACCUCGAAUACCACAAAAACAUCUUCCUCCUCUCCCGCCUCUCCCGCACCAUCCCCCUCAGCCACAACGAACCCCUCCUCGCCUCCUCCAAAGCCAUCAUCUCCGUCAUCACCAUGCUCUACAUCCACCGCGACCGUCUCGGCCAAAUGUUCCUCUUCUUCCCCUGGGCCAUCAUGUUCUACGGCACCCCGGCCGCCGCUAUCCUCGCCAUCGAACUCCUCACUCGGCCCCCGUGGCCGGCAUACCUCGGGUCACCUAACAUUCAUCCCCGAUCGGAGAUCAUCCAGGAACUCUCCGUUUUUAUUAGCUGUUUGAUGAGUAUCCCGGCCGCGGAGGGGUAUCAUGCCCCGUGUCGACGGGUGGCAAUUACUUUGCGGAAGAUAUUGGAUCAGAUUCUGGAGCCCUCGAUGAGUAUGCCACCCACUACCACCGGGACCGCGGUGAGCACGAUCAGCAGCUGCAGCAGCAAUAGCAGCACGCCCCCCGGCACAGACGUCGACUCAGCAAUAGGGUUGGACAUCGACUGGCAGGUGUUUGUGACCAGUCCGUGUGAUCCGGAUUACACGCAGUGGUUGGAUCCCUCGUCGUGGAUGGAUUUGGCCCUGCCGUUGGAUUUGGGGUUGGAGGAGUAUGGACUGGAGGGGGGUGGAUGUGGAAUUGGGAGUGGGAGUGGGAGUGGAGGAUUGGGCGAGGUAGGGUUCGAUGAGUUUGUGUAUACAUAG